CCAACGCAAUCGUCGUUGCCCAACAGCCAGCCGACCACUCCCAAUGGGCGCCCUUCGGCAUGGUCCUGGUCUGCGCAGCGGAAAAUGGCCCGGCUCUAUCUGUAUACCACGCUUCCGGCUGAAAAGAUUCGAGCCAUUAUCAACGCUCAUUCUCCGGACAAGACCAUAAAGCAAAGCUCCGCGAACAAAAAGCUCCAGUCCUUCUUUGAUAAGGAACCGCGAUGGCUCCAUCCUCAUGACAACAAAGACAUGGGGCGGCGCAUCACCGAGCUGGCCAAUUCGCCAACCCAGCUCCAAAAGGCUUGGGAGGUGCAGCUCUCGUCGGCUCAUUUGAGCCCCCAGGACCAGUCUUCGCUGUAUGCAAGAAGCGACUUUCUUGGCAUCGGCGCAUCACCAAGCGACGCUUGCUCGGAAUCCAUUUACGGCAGCGAUGCUUUCUCGGAAUCGCAAAUGUCGCUUUCUUACGCCGUGCCCGAUGCUCCAGGAGAAAGUCCGGGCGAAAGCCGUGGAAGCCGAGACCAUUCUGUGGACGAUGGCCAGGAUUUCAGCCCAUUUAUCCCGUUUCUUCAGCGAACUACCGGCAUGACGGAGUCAAGCGCAAGGACUACGGGCACUUUUAGAGAUCAUCUCCAGGGAUACACAGAGCCUUAUAUCAAGGUGGUCAAGCGUCUUGUCAAGAGAUUCACUUCGCCGGCACUCGAACAGUUGAGCGCAUCCUCGCAGCACGACAAGCGCGUGGAUCCUAGCCAUGAUUGGAUUGGCGAGCUGGCUGAAAGAAUGUCUCACACCCACGAGCAUUCCUUGAUCUUGCCUGGAGCUUUUGUCAGUUUCGAAAGUCUCGAUUUUGCAAAUGGCUCAGGAGUGCUAGCGGCCUGGAGGCACUGGUGUGGCUGCAUCCAAAACCGAGGCAAGAUCUGCUGGUUGAUGCCCGAUGGACUGACAGAUCUUGCUACAGCCGUCUUGAAUCUGCAAUCUACACAGUUUGAUGAUAUGCCAUGUGAUUGCUUUUCAAACACAGCACUGCAUUUCCUGGGGGCUUGCGCCACUCCCGAAGUGUUAUGUCGGGCUCUCAUGGAGGGCGAGUGUUCUCGCAUCAUCAACGCUCAAAACACUGCUGGACAGACGUUUAUGCAUCUUCUCACUCCCUCAAAUGGAUGGAAUCAUCAAUCGGUUCUUGGGUUGAUCAGUAUUGCGCAGCACAAGGGAUUCAACAUGUCCGCGCGAGACUGCCUUGGCCAAUCCAGUCUCCAUGUGCUCAAAAAGCUAAACUUGCUGCCAUACGGAUGGAGUGAUAUGAGUCUUUACGAGUUUCACGUGCGAGAUGCCUUUGGGUGUAUUCCGGUUAAUCACGAAGUGAGCCGCGAAGUGAAUCCAAGCCACACGCAAGCGUUUCAGCAUGAAAACGUUGAAAACGGAAGCGAGAGCGUUCCGAUACCCGACCCUGCACUCAAUCCCGGAGAGAGUAACAAUCCCGAAAUAUCGCAGGAGAGCCAGCUUUUGCAAAACAUCAGAAUGUCCUUUACCAGUCCGCAUUGGGAAGACGAAUAUGGGCACAAUGGCCUGCACUGUCUUGCCAUGGCAACGCUGAGUUUGGAAAGCUUGGCGGAAAAGCACGACAUGAAAGAGGAGGCGGAACAGGUCCUUGCUCCGGAGAGUUUCCACCACUUGAGCGACUCGUCUACAGAAAGACUGCAGCUUCGUCUCUCGAUACUGGAAAGCUUGCUCGCUGCCGGACAGGACCCCAACCACCGAGACAAGUUUGGCCAGACCCCUUUGAUGGCUUUCGUUGCGGCGCUUCCGGAGGAUGGCGGAUACAAGAUUGGGCCUACCAUCUUGAAGUGUCUCAUUUCAAAGGGCGCUGAUGUCAAUGCGCGGAACAGGGCCGGAGAAACCGCCUUGCACGUUGCCGUGCGUUUUCACAGGAAGCUCGCCAUCAGGGUAUUGACUGAGGCGGGGGCCAAUGUCCAUGUCACGGAUGCUUGUGGUCGAAGCUUGCUUGCUGUGUGUGACGAUGAGCUGGCAAAGUACAGCCAUCCGGCAGAGUAUGGCAAGUACUUGGCUUGCAGGGCGUUCUUGAGUGGGCAGGCUGGCGCGGUGCAGGAUCCGUUCUUUUUGCAGCAGUGG